AUAAACAAAGCCCAUCAGAAUUAGAAUUGACGCGCGGGAGAGUCCCACAUGAAGAUAAAUUUAUUUUGAUUUAAAUCAGUUGACGUUGUAAUUGAAUUGCGGAUUAAAAAUUUGUUGUAGCAGAUUUGUUUUGUGCGCAUUUAAUGGACAAUCGUUGAGUUAUAGAUAGAUACUUAUUUAAUAUCUUAUUGGGGCAGAUCGUGUGUGAUUUAAAUUAAAAAUAAACACAAAAAAAAGUUGAAAUUAAAUAAAAUUUCUCCGGUAACAUCCGUUGGAAGGAAGUUGAAUGGAUAUUAAGAAGUGAAAGAAGUUGAAUGAUUAAAAUGACAGUUGAGAAUGUGAUUUAUCCUCAAAGUUGGUGCUAUUUGGCAUCAUUUUUUGCUGUUCUUUUCUGUGUUUUUGGAGUGUCAGGAAAUUUAUUGACGAUCGUCGCAUUACUAAAGAGUGAACGUUUGAGGAAACACGCAACAACAGCUUUCCUGUUGUCACUCACGUUUUCCGAUCUUCUAUUUUGCACAAUCAUGAUGCCUAUGCAAGCUGUUCGCUAUUAUUAUAGAUCUUGGACUUUUGGGGACUUCCUGUGUCAAGUGUUUCCUUUUGUCUUCUACAGCAACGAUGUUAUCGAUGAUCCUUAUGACUAUCAACCGAUACAUUCUCAUCACGUUUCAACAUUUAUAUCCAAAGAUUUAUCAAACAAAAUACAUAUUUCUUCAGCUGUUCUUAGCUUGUUCUUUCCACUUGCUGGUCUUUGGGGUGAAAUGGGCUACGACACUCAAACAUUCUCGUGUACCAUCUUGAAAAAGAAUGGAAAAUCCCCAAAAACUUUUAUUUUUCUCGUUGGAUUUCUUUUGCCAUGUUUCAUUAUAAUUCUUUCAUAUUCUUGCAUCUUUAACACUGUUCGAAAGCAGCAUGCAAAACUCAACAAGUUUGACUCGAAUCAGGCAAAUAAAAGCAAAUUAAAAUUCUUCCGGAAUAAAAAUGAUCUCCGCUUGACUGUCAUGAUGUUGGUGAUUUUCUUAGCAUUUAUCAUGUGCUUUCUACCGCUGAUGGUUGUUAAUGUUUUCGAUGAUAAAACAAAAUAUCCUUUUGCACAUGUAAUGGCUUCAGUGUCAGCGUGGAGUUCAGCAGUGAUUAAUCCAAUCAUUUAUGCAGUUGGAAGUUCACAAUAUAGAAAUGCAUACAAAAAUCUUUUCAUUCAAAUCAAAACAUGGAAAAGUUUUAACAGUUCAGGAAAUAACAACAACAAAGCUCAUGUUUCAAGAUCAAACACAGUUGAACCAAUUUCAAAUAUUGCACAAAAAUCACCAGGCGAAGGAGUAAAACCUGACUCAAGUUGUUUAGAAGAUGGAUGAUUUAAAAAUGAUUAAAUCUGAAAUUCAUAGACGAAAGUUAACUCUGCCAAAUUUCAAUUCCAAAUUAUCUGAACAAGGAUCAAAAUUAAGAUUAGAAAUAAAAUUUAAGAUUAUUUAAGAAGACAAUAAUUAAAAAUUAUGAAUAAGAGAACUAAUAAAUUGUCAUGCAAUUAUAGACA